AUGGUCUGUGUCCCGCGGAGGAGACACCAGGGAGCGUUUUCCAUCAGGAACGAGUCCCGUGAUGGGAGCCCUUCCUCCUCAGGGGGCUUCGCUCCCCUUCUUGAGUCCAAAGUGUUCCUCAUCUACAACACGGGCCUGCAGAGCUGCCUGGACACCAAGGACUCGCUGGUGCGGCUCUCCAAGGCCUGCAACGCCAGCGCCCCGGGCCAGCAGUGGAAAUGGGUCUCCCGGAACCGGCUCUUCAACGUGGGCGCCAUGCAGUGCCUGGGGGUGUCGUGGCACGGGGCCAACGCCACGGCGCGCCAGCACCCGCUGGCCACCUACGAGUGCGACCUGGAGUCGGUCAACAUGCGCUGGGGCGACCAGGCCCGCGGCUCGCAGUGGCGCACGUACGGCGCCGAGGAGGACCUCUGCUCCGUGCCCUACUCUGAGAUUUACACCAUUCAGGGCAACUCGCACGGGAAGCCCUGCACCAUCCCCUUCAAGUACGACAACCAGUGGUUCCACGAGUGCACGAGCACGGGCCGCGAGGACGGCCACCUCUGGUGCGCCACCACGCAGGACUACGGCGUGGAUGAGCGAUGGGGCUUCUGUCCCAUCAAGAGCAACGACUGCGAGACCUUCUGGGACAAGGACCACCUCACCAACAGCUGCUACCGGUUCAACUUCCAGUCGACGCUGUCGUGGCGGGAGGCCUGGAAUCGCUGCGAGCAGCAGGGCGCCAACCUGCUGAGCAUCACCGAGAUCCACGAGCAGACCUACAUCAACGGGCUGCUCACGGGCUACAGCUCCACGCUCUGGAUCGGCCUCAACGACUUGGACAUCAACGGCGGCUGGCAGUGGUCGGACAACUCGCCGCUCAAGUACCUCAACUGGGAGAGCGGUGAGGCCGGGGGCGACUCGUGGUCGGAGGUGAAGGUGGACUGCGAGCCCAGCUGGCAGCCCUUCCAGUCCAACUGCUACCGCCUCGUGGCGGAGAAGAGGAGCUGGCAGGACGCCAAGAAGACCUGCCUGCGGAGCGGCGCCGACCUCGUGAGCAUCCACACGCUCCCCGAGCUGGAGUUCGUCACCAAGCAGAUCAAGCAAGACGUGGAAGAGCUGUGGAUUGGCCUGAACGACCUCAAGCUGCAGAUGAACUUCGAGUGGUCGGACGGGACGCCGGUGAGGUUCACCUACUGGCAUCCCUUCGAGCCCAACAACUUCCGCGACAGCCUGGAGGACUGCGUGACCAUCUGGGGCCCGGAAGGGAGGUGGAACGACAGCCCGUGCAACCAGACCCUGCCCUCUAUCUGCAAAAAGCCCGGCCGGGUGAGCCAGGAGAAGGAGGAGGAGGACCACGGGUGUCGCAAGGUGAGCGUGGCCCGGGCCUGGCUCCCCGCGCUCGCGCGGGUGGUGGCUCCCGGUGGCUUUGGCUCGGGGUGGAUGGAGCUCGUUGACCAGCCCAGGAGCAGUUCCGGGCGGACGGGCGGGCGCCCCGUGGCCGAGCCGCGGGCCGGGUCCCUGCGCAGCGCCGCGUCUCCGAGGCGGCAGCGCGGGGCCCGGGCCACCGGCAGCGCCAUGGGGCUGUGGGAGGUGAAGAACUGCAGCACCUUCAGGGCCAAGUACAUCUGCCGGCAGAACCUGGGCACGCCGGUGAACCCCGAGCUGCCGGCGCCCUUCCCCACGCCCAGCCUCACCGCCUCCUGCCCCCCGGGCUGGAGCUCCGACGCCAAACUGCGCCACUGCUACAAGGUGUUCAGCUUCAACAAGCUCCAAGAGAAGAGGACGUGGAUCGCGGCGCAGGACUUCUGCCGGGAGCUGGGGGCCCAGCUGCUCAGCCUGGGCAGCUACGAGGAGGAGCACUUUGUGACCAGCACCCUCAGCAAGAUCUUUGGCGAAGCGGAGUCGGAGAUCCACGAGCAACACUGGUUCUGGAUCGGCCUGAACCGGCGGGACCCGGCGGGAGACCGGAGCUGGCGCUGGAGCGACGGGCUGGGGUUCUUCUACCACAACUUUGAACGCAGCAACUACGACGACGACGACAUCCGCGACUGCGCCGUGCUGGACCUGGCGUCCCUGCAGUGGGUGCCGAUGCAGUGCGAGUCCCAGCUGGACUGGAUCUGCAAGCUGCCCAGGGGCGCCGAUGUGAAGGAGCCGGAGAUCACGACGCAAGGCAGCAAAGAGUGGGUGAAGUACCAGGACGCCGAGUACAAGUUCUUCGAGCAUCACUCCACGUGGGUGCAGGCGCAGCGCAUCUGCACCUGGUUCCAGGCCGAGCUCGUCUCGGUGCACAACCAGGCCGAGCUGGAUUUCCUGGGCCAGAACCUCAAGAAGUUCUCCAGGGGCCAGGAGCAGCACUGGUGGAUCGGACUGCACACCUACGAGAACGACGGGCGAUUCAACCCCGGCCCCGGGGGCGGGGGCUCCCCCCGCGGCUGGUUCCCCUUCCUCAGCAAGUGCUUCAGCUUCAACGGCCACGACAAAUCGGAGAUCGUCAAGUGGCCGGAGGCCAAGCAGGCGUGCGAGAGCCAGGGCGCCGUGCUGGCCACCAUCUCCAACCACCUGGAGCAGGCUUUCAUAACGUCCAUGCUGCCGAACAUCUCCUUCGACCUGUGGAUCGGCCUGCACAACGCCAAGAAGGAGUUCCGCUGGGUGGAAGCGGAGCCCCUGCGGCACGUCAGCUGGGCCCCGGGGGAGCCCUCGGGCUACGGCGCGGCCGGCACCAGCGACAACACGUGGCGCACGGCCGCCUGCGACACCAAGCUGCAGGGCGCCAUCUGCAAGCUGGGCGCCGGCCUCCCGCGGACCCACAAGUGGAGCUACAGCGGCAGCUGCCCCAAGUCGCUGGAGGACUCAUCCUGGAUCCCCUUCCGGGACCACUGCUACACCUUCCACAUGGAGAUCACCCUGGGGCAGAAGGAGGCCACGCGGAGGUGCCAGAAAGUGGGCGGCACGGUGUUGUCCAUCCAGGACGAGACGGAGAACGUCUUCGUGUGGGAGCACCUCCAGGCCUACGAGGGCCCAUCCAAGGGUGCCUGGCUGGGCAUGACAUUCAACCCCAAAGGUGGCACCUUGGUUUGGCAUGACAACACCGCCGUCAACUACUCCAACUGGGGCCAGCACGACACGGGGCCCAGCAUGCUCAGCCAGAACAGCUGCUACUGGAUCCAGAGCAGCAACGGCGUGUGGCGCCUGGGCUCCUGCACCAACGUCACCAUGGGUGUCAUCUGCAAAAUCCCCCGGGUUGAGGAGAGCAGCUUCUCCCGGUCAGCGCUGCCGGAGAACCCGACGGACAUCCUGGAUGUUAAGGGUUUAAGGAACGAGGAUUGCUGGGGGUUUGUUUAUCUUUUGGCGCUGCCCGGGAGCCGCCGCGGCGGCCCCGCUGCCCUCCACCACCCGGCUCCAUCCCGGCCGCCCGGCCCGCGGCAGCAGGAGGCUUGGGGGGACGUGAGGGGGCCCAAGAGCAACAUCAAGGUCCAGCCCCGACACCGGGGCUCAGAGCCGUCAUUUAUCCGCCCCGAGAGGCGGGAGGGCCCGCGGCUCAACCUGGUAACACUUUUUUAG